AUGGUACUUCGUUAUAGAAAGUUGGGACGUCGUUUUUAUUGGUCUAAAAAGCGUCUGCGAACAGAAAACAGAUUACUUCGUCAACGAAUAGAUUAUUUGGAAAGUGAAAGUUCAGCUUUAGCAGAUCGUUUAGUACGUGGACAAGUUGAUUUGGCACAACAAGCAGACACUUGUUUAAAUAUUUCUCAUGAAUUAAAUAUUUUGAGGGAUAUAAAUUAUGAUGCUCAUAGACGGUUGGAAGAUGCACAUCAAUCGAUAAGAGAAUUGCAUAUGCAAAAACGUCUCAACUUGAGAGAUCAAGAAGUUCAAGUAGAUGAUAUUUCAAUGAUUGAACAUAUACAUCAAUUACAACAAGAAUUAAUUGAGACCCAUUCUAAAAAGGCAGAUUUAGAAAGCACAGUCCGAGAGCAAAAACAACGAAUAAAUGAAUUAGAAUCAGCAAAUAAACGUUUUAAAGAAUGCCCACCAGAAGGAGGAGUUGCUGCAAUACAAGAGGAAUUAAUCCGUGUAAAAAUGCGAGAGGCAGAAUCAUCUCUUUCUCUGAAAGAAAUGCGUCAAAAACUUGCUGAAUUUGAACAACAAUGGCAGGCAUAUAUGAAUUUACGUGGUAUUCAACAUUUUAAUCAAAUAAGAGAAUCAGCACAUUCCCCGCCUCUUUCAUCCCAUUCCGUGGAUGAAGAAUUAGAGGUUAUCCCUCCACCCCCACAAGAGCCUUGCCAUUCAACAAAUACUCCUCCAACAGACCAACAGCAACAACAAAAUAAUCAACAAAAAAGAAAUACAAAAACAAGAUUAGCAAAAAUAGCAACAAUAAUUGGGGCUGCUGUUGUUGGAGGUGGAGGAAAUAAUUUAAAUGAAGUAAAUAAUGGGGAAACUUUGGAAGGUUGGAAUCAACGAGAAUUGGAAGAUAAUUUUAUUGGUUUACGUAUAAAAGAAGCUGAUACUUUGGCUGAAUUGAAAGAAAUGAGACAAAAGUUGAUGGAAAUGGAGACACAAAAUCAUGUUUGCACUAAUCAACUAAAAAGACAAGACGAAGAAAUUAGACGAUUACGUGAAGAAAAGGAAAAUUCUGUUCAAACGGAAACAGAAUUGCGUCAAGAAUUGCGUGAAUGCGAGCGUAAAUUGCUUGAAUUACAAAGCGAAUUGAAAGAAAAAAAUAUUAUGCAAAGAUUGAAGUAUACAGAAGCUUUACAAACAGUUGCUGAACUUAGAUCACAAUUGGCACAAAUUGAAUCAAAGAAGGCAGAAAAUGAAGCUAGAUUACAAAUUCGAGGAAGUUCUGUUUUUGAUCAGGAUGUCGAUUCGGUUUAUUUUGUUUUGUUUAUUAUUACCUAA